AUGGCGGACUAUGUACCAUGCGCCACUCCUCCCACCAAAGGGUUCCUCUCGAGCAUCAAUCCGCUGGCCAUUUUCGACGACGUAGAGACUCUCACUCCCCAUGAAUUCCUCCGGGACUUUUACACUCGACAAGGCCUGCAUGACAAACUGGAAGACGUGGAUGCUUUGGUGGAGAACUACGGUCACCAGAUGCAUCUGCUUUACGCAGAACUAGAUAAAAAGUAUGGCACCAAGUUCUGCACUAACCCUCCACCAGUUUCCAGUCAAACGCGCAGAGCAGAACCCGUGGGGAUGCAUAAGUACACGACCCCGACCCCAAAAAGUCCCAGCAAACCUCCUGUCAACAAAAUUGUCCUGCUUGGAAACUCAGGCGUGGGUAAAACCAACUUGCUUAGUCGUCUGCACAAGGGCGAUUUCAACGAGGAGUUCACAUCCACGAUCGGCGUGGAGUUUCUUACUCACGCUGUCAAGGUGGACAAUGUCGACGUCAAGGCGCAAAUCUGGGAUACCGCUGGACAGGAACGUUUUCAUGCUAUGAUGUCCACUUACUAUCGCAAAGCUGCUGGGGCUUUGCUUGUGUUUGACGUCGGCAACCGUACCAGCUUACUUGACGUCGAGAAAUGGCUCGAUCAGCUGCUUAAUGUCGCCGAACCCGGACUACACGCAACACUCAUCGGGAACAAGUGCGACCUACCUGUGGACAAAAGGGCUGUGACAGCAGAAGAAGCGCGUCAGUUUGCAGCUGAGCAUCACAUGGCGUACAUUGAGACGUCGGCGAAGACUGGGCAGAAUGUGAGCGAGGCCUUUCGUGAUAUCAUUACAGCUAUCCAUCGAGCGCGGCUGGCAGACUCUCAGGAAGCCUCUUUCGCUACCAUCGAGCUCAAUAACAAAGAGACGGGGUCAAGUUCUCUCUUUAACUGCAAGUUAUUCUAA